AUAGAUUUCAAGUUACAUAUAAUUGUAGUUUUAUAUAAAAUAUAUUUUAUGGCCUGACACAAAAAUAUUUUAACUUUAUCUAUGAUUAUAAUCCCAAGUAAUCAUCACCAUGUUCUUUUAUACCUAGAAUUAUAGGAUAUGAUCAUAAUUAAGUGAUCUUUUAAGUCAUUUAUGUUGUUAAUUUUGUAAUGUGGAUUGAAGCUUUUCAGAAGUGUCCUAAAUGCACAACACAGGAUAAGGAAAACACAAAAGAAAAGAACACAUCCUCAGUACAGCUGGAAGAUCAUUCAGUGGUGCUGUCCGGUAGAGAACAAGCCUGUGGCUUCUUGCAAGGAAGACACUUUUGUUGUGGAAGAAACUGCUACUAUUUUUCUAAAAAAGAAGAAACAUGGGAGGAGAGCAGGAAUUUAUGCCGGAACAUGGAUUCUAGCCUUGUGAAGAUUGAUGACAUCCAGGAACUGAAUUUCAUUCAAUCACACAUCAAAUACACUUACUGGAUUGGAUUAUACCAAAAAGAAGAUAAAAAUGAGUGGAAGUGGCGGGACAACACGAAACUUGCUCAACAACUGACUUUCCGUCAAUCAAAUAAAGUGGGUGAAAAAUGUGGAUGCCUGAAGCCACAAUACAUUAAUAAUGCUGAUUGUUCAAGAUCUUUUCCUUACAUAUGUGAGAAGAAUAAGCCCUUCUUCAAUAAUUAGUACAACCUUUAUGGAUAGCAGUAUGGAGAUUCCUCAAAAGACUGAAAAUGUUUCUGCCACAUGACUCAGCCAUCCCUCCUCUAGGAAUAUAUCCUGCAGUAACAAAGUCCACAAGGAAAGAGAUACCUGCAUUCCCAUGUUUACAGCAACCCAAUGUUUAACAGCAAAUAUAUGGAAUAAACCUAUAUGUCCAUAAACUUUCAAUCUUACUACUGUAUGAAGAAUAUGUGUGUGAUGAAAUAUUACUUAGCCACUAAAAAGAAUGAAAUCCUAAUGUUUGCAACAAAAUGAAUGGAACUAUAGAUAAUUAUGCUAAGUGGAAUAAGCCA